AUUCUGGGAAACGACAAAACGAAUUUUUAAAGAACCAGCCAGCUUCCUUUUCUCCAACUUACCCGUUUUGCGCCCUUUUAGAAUCAAAUAUCCAAGGCAGUAAAAUAAACAAUGCCUGGAGGAAUCCCUCAGCCACUUCGAGCAUUGGCUUCGGCUGCUGGGUUUGUUGUUGGAGGCAUUUUUACAUUAUCACUAGCUUCAUCUGUGGCCAUCCGAGUGUUGCAAAACGCGGCAGAAUCAAAACGGAAGAAGAUUGCACGGCCAUGUACGGUGUGCAAAGGAAAAGGCUUCUAUGUUUGCAAGUUAUGCGGAGGGAAUUCGACAAUUAAGUGGUCUCCUUUGUAUGAUCCUAUUGUCAUUAACCCAUGUCUUUGCCCGACAUGCGAUGGCAAUAGGGUGCAAAGAUGUUUGAAUUGUCUUGGCAAAUGCUACGUCUAAGAUCAUAAGAUCAUCAUCAGUCUCUCAUCCUUAAAGAAACUUGUGUUCGGUAUCAUUUUAUUAAUCACAUACUUUUGUUGAUGUAAACCAAAACAGCAUAAUCAGAUUUCAUAAUGAUUUAUGGCAUGAGAUAAGUUCUCCUAUCAUC